UUAUUAUCUUGAAUCCCGUGUCUUCAUUCUAUUUCCGCCGACAUACAACACGUGAUUUGUUUUCUCUUUUAUUGACCAGUUGUUCAGGAUAAAAAACUAAGAAAUCAAGGGGUGCACAUCAUAAGCUACCUAGAGAUCCCGCGACAUAAGCCGAAACAAUCUCCAAACAUGAUCGAAUUUUAAAUACUUUUCAAAACGGUGCGCAUUCCAACGCAAAUGUGAUGAUUCUGACAUUUCUACAUAAUCGUUACAUCUUAACAAAAUCACUCAAUGUUUAAAAAACACAUCAGUCCUUACUGGAUUAAGAUUGCUCACAGGCAAGGACCUUUAAGAAAAAAUUCCGAGAUUCAAGCCAAUACAUAUUUGGGCAAUGAUGAAACAGUGCAGGAAAGAGGUGGGAUUCGAAACCGGGAGCUGUGAAGAAGAUUGGGUGGUGGUUCCUCGCGAUGAGAGAAGCAUUAUGUUUUCUUCCUCUGCAAUGGAGGAGGUGGGUGCUGGGGAGGAUUUGAAAGUGGAUUUUUUUAGGCCUGCUGAGUACUGGACAGAUGCAUUGCCCGUGGGAAAUGGGAGGUUGGGUGCUAUGGUGUGGGGAGGAGUACAGCAAGAGUUGUUGCAACUUAAUGAGGAUACUCUAUGGACUGGAGAGCCAAGUGAUUUCACGGAUCCAAGGGUUGCAACUGUUCUCCCUCAGGUUAGGAAGCUUGUGACAGAUGGUAAAUUUGCAGAAGCUUCAACUGCAGCAAAAUCUAUGGCUGGUCAACCCACUGAGGUUUAUCAGCCACUGGGUGAUAUCAAGAUUGAUUUUGGUGCAUCUCAUAAAGUUUUUGAUGCUGAUAGUUAUAAAAGAGAGCUGGAUUUAGACACAGCAACAGUUAAAGUGAAUUAUGCUGCUGAGGGCAUAGAGUUUACCAGGGAAGUUUUUUCAUCCUAUCCACAUCAAAUAAUAGCUACAAAGAUAUCUGCAAACAAAUCAGGUGCUGUUUCUUUCACGGUGGCUCUUGAUAGUCUAUUGCAACAUGAAUCACAUAUAAAUGGUAAAAAUCAAAUUAUUAUGCAGGGUGAAUGCCCUGGGAAGAGACCUCCUCCCCAAAAAAAUUUACAUGCAAACAAGCCAGGAAUCAAAUUUUGUGCAAUACUUGAAUUACACAUUAGCAGUGAAGCAGGCGUAGUAUCCAGCAUUGAAGACAAGCAACUGAAAGUUGAAGGUUCAAAUUGGGCUGUUCUUCUUUUAGCAGCUUCAUCUUCAUAUGAUGGCCCUUUCACCAAUCCCGCCGAAUCUAAGAAAGAUCCAGUGUCUGCAUCAUCAGGCACCCUAAAUUCAAUAACGGAUGUUUCAUUUUCUGAACUUUAUGCAUCUCAUUUGGCAGACUAUCAGAAGCUUUUCCAUCGGGUUUCCCUUCAGCUUUCUGACAGCAGAAAAAGUAGUUCUCAGAACGAUAGAAAUUUGCCUUCAACAGUUAAAAACAUGUGUCAAGAUAUGCCUUGUGCAGACAAGCAACAGAAAUUACUUGCAGGGAAGAUAUCAACAGCUGAUAGAAUAAACAAUUUCACGAAGGAUGAGGACCCAAGUUUAGUGACACUGCUCUUCCAGUAUGGCCGAUAUUUGCUGAUAUCAUCAUCUCGACCUGGAACAUUGGUCUCAAAUUUGCAAGGAAUAUGGAGCCAAAAAGUUGCACCAGCCUGGGAUGCUGCCCCACACCUUAAUAUCAACUUGCAAAUGAAUUAUUGGCCAGCUCUCAGCUGCAAUCUUGCUGAAUGUCAGGAGCCACUUUUUGAUUUAAUUUCCAAUCUUUCUAUCAAUGGUCGCAAGACAUCACAAGUCCAUAAAACAUCAAUCCAAUCAUGUAUCAGAUUUGGAUACAUGAUGGAGGUGAACUAUAAAACAGGUGGCUGGGUCACCCAUCAUGUUACAGAUAUUUGGGCAAAAACCUCUCCUAGUGACGGUGAUCCAAAAUGGGCAUUAUGGCCUAUGGGUGGAGCGUGGCUGUGCACACAUCUUUGGGAGCAUUAUUCAUAUACUCGUGACAAGAAUUUUUUGGAGCAAAAGGCAUACCCAUUGCUUAAGGGCUGUGGUGAAUAUUUGCUCGACUGGUUAGUUGAGUAUCCCAAAAGUGUCCUUGUGACCAAUCCUGCAACAUCUCCAGAACAUGAGUUCAUUGCUCCAGAUGGUCAAAAGGCUUCUGUAAGCUAUGCAACUGCAAUGGACAUGGCUAUUAUCAGAGAAAUAUUUAAUGUCACGAUAUCUGCAGCUAAGGUGUUGGGAAGCACAAAUGAUGAUUUAAUUCAAAAAAUGAAGGCUGCACUACCCAAUCUCUUUCCACCAAAAGUUGCAAGAGAUGGUUCUUUAAUGGAAUGGGCACAAGAUUUUCAGGAUUCAGAAGUGCAACAUCGACAUAUGUCACAUUUGUUUGGGCUCUAUCCAGGUCACACAAUAACAAUGGAAGCCACCCCAGAAUUGUCCAAAGCUGCUGUUAAUAGCUUGAUUAAAAGAGGGGAGGAUGGACCAGGAUGGUCAACUGUAUGGAAGAUUGCACUCUGGGCACGUCUUCGUGACAGCAACCAUGCAUAUCGAAUGGUCAAGAAACUUAUUACUCUGGUGGAUCCUGCUCAUGAAGAAAUGUUUGAAGGCGGGCUUUACGCAAACUUAUUUACAGCACACCCACCUUUUCAAAUUGAUGCAAAUUUUGGGUUUGCAUCUGCCAUUGCAGAAAUGCUGGUUCAAAGUGAUGAUAACAACCUGAUUUUGCUACCUGCAUUACCCAGAGAUAAAUGGCCUAGUGGAUGUGUUAGUGGAUUGAAGGCUAGAGGCCAUACAAAAGUUGCAAUCUGCUGGAAAGAAGGGAAACUGCAUGAAGUUGGUUUGAUGGUACACAAUCACAGUUCACCCAAAAAUUUAUAUUACAAUGGGAUUAGUGUGACAGUUGAAUUAUCUGUGGGCUAUGUACACACAUUCAACAGAUAUCUCAAGAUGGUCAGGUCAUUCCCAUUAUUAGGCAUAGAGAAAAUGUCACAAUCUUCGUGUUGCAUUAGCUGAUUGUAAAUUUGUAUCUUUUUAACUUUUUGAUUCUGAGAAUGACUGUAAUAUCCCACAUUUAAGUUUUUCCUCAUCUAUUUUUGGGCAGCCUAUACUUUGGUUAAUUCCCUCUAUCCACCUAUGGGAUCAUCAAGCUCCUACGGUCUAACUAUUAUUGGCCUUUUAUUUUGUUUGCUGACAUCGUCUCUACUAUGAUCAGGUACAGGCAAAGAUAUUGUUGAUUAUGUGUAAUUGUGAAAGAACUGCAUUUACUUUGAGGCUCUUCUGAAGCAUAUUGUUAUGCCAAUGUGUGAUGAGAGUUUUAUGCAGAACAAAUUUGACCUAUUUUUCUAAGGUCAACUAUGUAUAAUUGUAUUACAGAAUACAAUAACGAAAUAUCCUCUCUGUUGAGAUCA